CCCGACGUCUUGUCUUCGGGGCACCAAAUGGAGAGGUCUGCGGCGUGAGUGGAAUGGAUUCAGGAAGUUUAUCAACCGCGACGUUAAAAAAUGGCGGCCAAUUCAAAGAAUUUUCCGAUUUCUCCUCCAAAAGCAGGCAUGGCAGGGAAGCCAGAAUUGUUACCCCCUUCAAGUUUUGAAACCAGUAAGCCAGAAGAUCCAUGGAAAGCAUACGCGAAAGCCACUCAGGAACUUGUGUCAUUGAAAUUUGAGAAUCAACGGCUGAGGGAUGAACGGAAAAUGCGACCAGAGACCUGCAUAUCAAGUGGAGAGAAGGAAAUCCAUGCCAGAGUGGACGUUCAUCAUCAGCAACCGAGCAGAUUGAUGGAGCGUCCACAUCAUUAUGAUGACAUCAUCACUCGGCAGGCCGGAGAGAUUGCACGGCUACAACAGCAGCUCGAAGAGGUCAAGGGCAUUCGGACCCGUGAGGUGGCUGAGUUGGAGGCACAGUUGUCUAUCGUGGAGAAGGAGCGAGAUAAACUGGAAGGAAACGUGAGGAAUAUCGUAAACAAGAAUGAAAAUGAGUUGCAACAACUUCAACGAGAUCAUGACCAGGAGGUCACUGAUUACAUCUCGAAGCUGAACAACUUUGAGGAUGCAUUUGGCUCAUGUGAGGAAAAGCUUCACCAGCGGACGAGGGAGUUUGAGGUGUAUAUGGAGAGCAUGCAUAGGGAGAGCGACCAGAAGAUAACAUCCCUCGAGAUGAGUCUCAGGGAGAAGACAAAUGAAGUUGAGAUCCUUGAAUCGAAGGUUUCCCAGUUGAAGACGUACCUCGGGAAGGUAGAGGACUCGAGUCCUGAACCACUACAGAAGGAGAAUGGAAGGCUCGAGACUAAUAUUAAGGAAUUACAGCAAACCCAGAGUUGUCUGGAGAUGAAUAAUCAGCUGCUAAACGUGCGCCUUGAGUCAAUGAAUGAGAUCCUCAGCCUCCAGGAGAAGGAGCUCUCUCGGACACGAUCAGAGCUGAUGGACCCAGGUAAACAGGCUGUCAACCUCCUCACCAGGUGGCGAGAGAAGGUGUUUGCGCUGCUGGUCCAGUUGAAAUCGGUGGACAUUACAAACAAGAGGGAUGCAUCUAAUUUCAAAAACGAGUUUGACAACUACAAAGAUCAAAUCAUUUCAACUAAAAAUGAAGUGCAGGUUCUGACACACAUGGUAAACGACAGGAAUGCUGAGUUAGCGAUGGAGAGGAACAGUGUGAAGAGUCUGGAGCAGGAGUUGACCAAGGUUCAGCAGUUGGCGCUCGCCCUCGAUGACAAGGCCCAGGUCGAUGUCAACCAGCUGCAGUACCUUGUGGCUGCUGUGAAGAGCAUGUUUGAAAAAGCCUGCAGCACUGAAGCAACAUUCCAAGAUGUGACCAGCAAGCUGAAGACGUACAUGCAGAGAAUCAGCUUCGCCAGCAAGAGAGUCACCAUGCUACAGGGGCAGUUUGCCAGGAAGGAGGCCCUCGUCAAGUUACAGAUAACAGAAGGGAGUAAGAUGGCUGGACAGGUGGUGGUUGAGAGCAGGAUGGAGGAGCCGGAGAAGGACAGUAUGAGCUACUCUGAGCUGAUUGUUGAGCUUGAUCGUGUGACGCUCGAGAGGGAUCACUUGGUUGAUCAGAUGAAACAGGAUGCUGGUCUGCUGAAGGGGAAGGUGGAAGAGGCAAGGAGAAAAUAUGAAAACGAAGUUGUUGACCUGCGGAAUCAGGUGUUGAGGUUAGAGCAAGCUGUCAGAGACAAAACAGAUAGAUGUCACAAUCUGGAUCAUCAACUUGAAAACUGCUUCUCAGAGCUGGACGACUCUAGAGUAACUGUGGAGAGCCUGACGAGAGAGAUCAAGGAGCGCCACCUUCAGUCUGCCAUAGAAGAACAAGCGAAGGUGACCCAGGUUGAGUUUACAGAACAGCUGGCGUCUCUGGAGAAGAAACUGAAUGAAGCCAGGAAGGAACAUACUAAGGCUGUUGUGACAUUGCGGCAGUUUGAGCGUCAGGCAGCGCGAGAGAAAGACAGAUCGGCUGAUUAUUGUCUGACAUUGGAAAAGGAAUAUUCGCUGAAGAUGGAUAAACUAAAACAACAAGUGAGGAGCUUGGAGCAGGAGAGAAACCUCAUGAUGGCGACUCUCAGACAGGAAGGACUCUUGAAGAAAGUCCAUUCUUCUCCAGUCCAAGAUCUCGAGUCAUGUGAACCAAGCGACCAUCAGGAGCCAGGAGUGAGAGCAGGUGACCAGGAGGCAGCUGGUUCACAGGAUCCUGCCAAGGGGCAGGCGAAAGAAUCGCUAAAAGCUGUCAUGGAUGACAUCAAAUCGCUGACAUCAGAAAUGUUUGAGGACGAUGAUCAGUGAUAGAGAUACUUUUAAAAGAUGAGGCUUUCAGAAACAUUGAGAUUGUCAGUACAAAAUCGGAUCUGAUGAGGACAAAGUCACAACCAGAAUGCUGAGGUAAGACCGCAUUGAAAUGUCACAUGUCAAUGCAAACUUCUGCUGGUUGAAAGUAAAAAACUGCUGGACAGUUGGAACCUUGAGGAAUUAUAAAUGUUGGCACUAAGUAAUGACAUGUGUAAUUCUAUAUCG